AGUCGCACCACAGCACGCGUCGACUCGACAUCUUUUCACAUAGGGGAGUAGAACAAAAAAGCCGCCAACAUGGACGCGAUCAAGAAGAAAAUGCAGGCGAUGAAGCUGGAGAAGGACAAUGCCCUCGACCGGGCCGUCAUGUGUGAGCAGCAGGCCAAGGACGCCAACCUCCGUGCCGAGAAGGCUGAGGAAGAGGCGAGACAGCUGCAAAAGAAGAUCCAGACAAUUGAAAAUGACCUCGACCAGACCCAGGAGGCUCUCAUGCAGGUCAACGCCAAGCUUGAGGAGAAGGAGAAGGCUCUGCAGAACGCCGAGUCAGAAGUGGCUGCCCUAAACCGACGCAUCCAACUGCUGGAAGAAGACCUGGAGAGGUCAGAGGAGCGUCUCGCCACCGCCACCGCCAAGUUGGCUGAGGCCAGCCAGGCUGCCGAUGAGUCGGAACGUGCCCGCAAGGUCCUCGAGAACAGGUCGUUGGCUGAUGAGGAACGCAUGGACGCCUUGGAGAACCAGCUCAAGGAAGCCAGAUUCCUUGCUGAAGAAGCCGACAAGAAAUACGAUGAGGUGGCUCGUAAGCUGGCCAUGGUUGAGGCUGACCUGGAGCGCGCGGAGGAGCGUGCCGAGGCCGGUGAAUCCAAAAUCGUAGAACUUGAGGAAGAAUUGCGUGUUGUUGGCAACAACCUGAAGUCCCUGGAAGUCUCCGAGGAAAAGGCCAACCAACGUGAGGAGGAGUACAAAAAUCAGAUCAAAACCCUCACCACCCGCCUAAAGGAGGCUGAGGCACGCGCCGAGUUUGCCGAGCGCUCCGUGCAGAAACUCCAGAAGGAGGUCGACAGGCUUGAAGACGACCUCAUCAACGAGAUCGAGAGGUUCAACGACAUCGGCGACGACAUCGACGAGUCCUUCGUCGAGCUCAUCCCCGGAGUCGACCCCACGCAGAAGCAGAUCGAAGCCGCUCGCAAGGAAUACGAGCGUUUGCAUCCACCCAAGGAGCCCACGCCCCCGCCGCCAGAACCAGAACCCGUGCCCGAGCCCGCCGCGCCCACCGCGCCCGUCGACGUCGCCCCACCCGCCGAGGGGGCACCACCCGUCGAAGGGGCUCCCCCCGCUGAGGGGGCUCCGUCUGCCGAAGGGGUUCCUCCCGCCGAGGGUGUCCCGCCCGCAGAGGGCACCACGCCGCCCACCGACGGAGCUGCACCCCCGGCCACAGGAGCAGUCCCGGCCGAGGGGGCCGCUCCGCCGGUGGAAGGCGCUGCACCGCCCGCAGCUGGGGCAGUUCCUCCCGUCGAAGGGGCUCCGGCCGUUCCUUCGGCGGAAGGUGCCGCUCCACCUGCAGAAGGGGUCCCUGCGGCACCACCCGCCGAGGGUGCGGCGCCGGCGCCUGCGGCCGACGGUGCAGUUGCAGCACCCGCUGUGGAAGGAGCGGCUCCGGCUGCUCCCGCGGCGGGUGCUCCCGCUGCACCUCCGGCCGAAGGGGCCGCACCUCCAGCGGAGGGUGCUCCGCCAGCGGCACCUCCGGCCGAAGGAGCUCCCGCACCAGCCGCUGGAGCUCCGGUUCCCGUCCCCGAGUCCGAACUCGUAGUAGUAAUGGAAAUAGUCGGAGCUCCUCCCGCGGCCGCAGCUGCCGCUCCCGCGCCGGUCGAAGCCCCCGCCGCCGCCGUCCCGGCGGAAGCGGCCCCGGCCGCCGCGCCCGCAGAACCGACUCCCGCGUCGUAGAUCGAAUCGCGAACCUAAUCGUUAUGAAAAUGUUAAACUUCACAAACAUCGCCCGGGUGGAAUCACUUUUUUGUAUAUUGUAAAUAAAGGAGAUAAAAUAGCUGAUGGAAUAGUGUUUUCAAUCGCGCGACCUCGUAGAGUAGACGGCGCUUGCAUGGGUUUGAGACCGUAUCGCCGACGCGACUGACGGCGGCGCUAUCCGCAGACGAGCUGAUCGCGGGCAAGGAGCUGUUCCAUGAGAUCGGCGGCGAGCUGGACUGCGCGUUCGACGACCUCGGCCUGCCCGCGCCCGCCCGCGUCUGCGACCGCUGCACAUGCUGCCACUGACCGCUCGUUCUCUUCGCUUUUCAUGUGCAUUUAAUUUAUCAGUAAACGCUGUCCCUAAUCAUACUCUUUGCUCUCGACAUAACGAACGGCUGCAUGACUACGAUCGAAACCUAGCUUAAGGUAACAGAAGCGCAUGGCUUCGGAAUAACGAGGACCGACAUGUAAGCAUUUUCAUUUACUUACUUAUUAAAAUUAAUUUGUGAAAAGCAUUUCGAGGCGAGACUAAUCUCUGUUUUUAAUUAUGUUUCAUGAUAUAAUUUGUUUUAAAAGAAGAUUAUUAUCGUCUGGAAACGCUUUUGCUAAAGCUGCAAACACUAAUUUGCUUCGAAACUUGACUUGUAAGAGUUUAUAUAAUCAAGUUAGUUAAGUUUAGUGAUAGAUUAGAACUGUUGAAUUGAUUUUUAGAAUAUAAUUUGAUUUUCACAUUUAUAUUGAGUAUCUUUAAUGUCGAAUAAAACUAAUAACUAAAGAAAAUAUUUUUUAACAAGUAAACAAGAAUUUAAAUGAUGUAAGAACUUUCAAAAGUUAUAAUAGUACUAUUUUAAACUAUUGACAGUUCUCAUUUUAUCUAAAUACUCGUGUAUUUGUGCCUGUAAAUUAAAUGUGACAUCAAUAAUAAAUUAAACUAGUUAAAUAAUAUUAUGUAAGAAGUAGUAAAAAGUAAUAAUAUCGUUAAUACUAUAUAUAAUGCUGAUUGUAAAAAUCGCAGACGAGCUCGUCGCAGAGAAGGAGAAAUACAAGGACAUCGGCGAUGACCUCGACACCGCCUUCGUCGAGCUCAUCCUCAAGGAAUAAAUUUAUGACGAUCGUGAGUGAUCCUCGGGGUCAUCCCCAAGGUCAUCCUGCUGGUAGAUGGCGAUCUGGCGAGACCACCCGCCGCGAUUCAAUGACUAUCCAUAGACGUAUUUUCUAUUUUAUACUCCUGAUUUAAAGUAUUACAAUCCAUAGAUGUAUGGCGGUAUUUAUUUUCGAUUAAUAUAAUAAUAAAUAAUUUAUUACU